AUGUCCAUUCAUUAUAAUAAUAAUAACCAACAAUUGUAUCAAGCUGAUCUGAGUCUUCUUGGGAAAGGAGGAUAUGAAACAAUCGCAAAGUUUAUUGCGGAAGCAUCUUUUCAGCUAACAACUGCUAGUGGCAGCGUCUUACCAACUGACGAAAUCAAAAGCAAAGCGGAUGUAGCUUAUUUACAAUCUGGAAUAGCAACAUCCUCUCAAGGUCUACCCAAAACCAACAAUCGGUUGGGUUACACAAAUGAUGAUUACUCGUUACUAAAAGCUACUUAA